GCCCACGCGCAUCGAAAUUCAUUCCGGCCGGCUCGCGCUACCCGCUGGGAAGGGUAGUUCCAGGCCUAGCACCGCGCGCAGGCGCAGAGUGGCGUGGGCCAGUGUUGCUGUUCCGCGGCGGGCGGGCGAGCGGGCAGCGCGGCGGGAGAAGACCCGAGCUGGUGACGGACCGCGGGGGGCAACCAUGGCGAGCCUGGCACAGGGCCCGGAGGACCGAGCUCGGACCCUCCAGGACUCGGCAUUGGGCCAAGAGAGGAGCGCCAGGGAGCUUCCAGAGGGGGACAAGCCAUCCGUGCUGCUGGCCACCACUCUCCAGGUUUCCCCGGGGGUCCCUGGGAUAAACAGUCAGUGGCUGCUCCGCAGUCCGAGCGUGCCCCCCUUCCAGGAAGCACUGACAUUCAAGGAUGUAUCCGUGGACUUCACCCAGGAGGAGUGGGCGCAGCUGGACCCUGCUCAGAGGGCCCUGUAUCGGGACGUGAUGCUGGAGAACUACGAGAACCUUGUCUUCCUGGGGCUCCCUGUGGCCAAGCCUGAGGUCAUCUGCCAGUUAGAGAGAGGGGAAGUCCCCUUGUUUGCGGAGCAGCCAGAGUUCUCCAUGAGUGCUUGCCCAGAUUCCCUUAAUCAGGAGAUUAAAUGUGAAACCUUGGAAUCAGUUCCACAGCAUAUCAUUUGUAUGGAAACAUCUGAUGAGAAACUCACCAAAGAUGGUUUCUGGGAUUCUAAAAUGGGAGAAGAUUGGGAAUAUGAUAUCAUGUUAGAGAGGCAGAAAGCCAACCAAGAGAAUCAAUAUAGUCAACUAGAAACUGUUAAUGUGAAAAAUUUUGAUGAGAUGAAUAUCCAUGGAAGUAAUACAUUUGGGAGAGAUUUUGAUCUGGGGUCAAUCUUUGUUCCACAACAGAGAGUUCCUUCAGGACAAAAUCUUUUUAAAUAUGAUCCCCUCGGAAAUAGCUUUGAUCAGUUUUCAGACCUACUUUUAUAUAAUGGAAUGUCCUUAGAGAAUAAACAUUGUAAAUACAAUAAAUGGAAGAAACCCUUCGAUUACCACCCAGAUAUUUUUCCAUUCCACCCUGUAAAUCCUGGAAACAAACCCUAUGAAUACAAUGAGUACGGGAAAACCUUCAGCCCAGGGACAUCCCUUAUUUAUCAUCAAAUUAUGAAUACUGGGGAGGAACCAUUUCAAUACAAUGGAUGUGGGGAAGGUUUUAGUCAGAGAAGCUAUUUUAGUGAACAUAAAAGAAAUCAUGCUGGAGAGAAGCUCUUUCACUGCAGUGAAUGUGGCAAGUCCUUCAAUCACAAGGGUAACUUUACUAAACAUCAGAGAAUUCAUACAGGAGAGAAACCCUUUCAGUGUAAUGAAUGUGGGAAAGCCUUCAGCCGAAGAGGAAACCUUACUGUGCAUCAAAAAAUUCAUUCUGGAGAGAAACCCUUCCAGUGUAAUGAAUGUGGGAAAGCCUUCAUCCGGAGGGGCAGCCUUAUUGAACAUCAGAGAAUUCAUGCUGGAGAUAAGCCUUUCCAUUGUCGGCAGUGUGGAAAGACCUUCAGUCAAAGGGGAAGCCUUACUGAGCAUCAGAGGAGUCAUACUGGAGAAAAACCUUUUAAAUGCACUGAAUGUGAGAAAAGCUUCUGCCAAAGGACGUCCCUUUUUUAUCAUCAGAGGGUUCAUACUGGUGAGAAACCCUUUUCAUGUAAAGAAUGUGGGAAAGUCUUUAGCCGAAGUGGAAGCCUCUCUAAACAUCAGAGGAUUCAUACUGGUGAGAAACCCUUUGAAUGUAAUGAGUGUGGGAAAUCCUUUAGCCAGAGGGGAAACCUUGCUAAACAUCAGAGAAUUCAUGGUGGAGGGAAGCCUUUUGAAUGCAACGAGUGUGGAAAAAACUUCACCAACACUUCCUGUCUUGCUAUACACCAGAGAACUCAUACAGAAGAAAAGCCCUUUAAAUGCAAUGACUGUGGAAAAGCCUUUAGUUGGAGGGUACGCCUUAUUGUGCAUCAGAGAAUUCAUACUGGAGAGAAACCCUUUGGUUGUAAUGAAUGUGGGAAGGUCUUCAGUCAGAGGGGCCACCUUAACGCACAUAAAAGAAUUCAUACUGGAGAGAAACCCUUUGUGUGCAAUGAAUGUGGGAGAGCUUUCAGCCAAAGAAUUUGCCUGACUGAACAUCGAAGAAUUCAUGCUGGAGAGAAGCCUCUUGAAUGUACUGAAUGUGGGAAAAACUUCAGCCACAGAACAUCCCUUUUUUAUCAUCAGAGAAUUCACACUGGAGAGAAACCCUUUGAGUGCAAUGAGUGUGGGAGAACUUUCAGCCAGAGUGGAAACCUUACUGAACAUCAGAGAAUUCAUGCAGGAGAAAAACUCUUUGAGUGCAACGAAUGUGGAAAAGCCUUCAGCAACAAUUCACGCCUUGCUUUACAUCAGAGAAGCCAUAAUGGGGAGAAAUUUUUCCAGUGUAAUCAAUGUGGGAAAGUCUUUGGCCAGAGGGCACAUCUUAAUGCACAUAGAAGGAUUCAUACUGGAGAGAAACCCUUUGAGUGCAGUGAAUGUGGGAAAGCCUUUAGCUGGAGGGUGAGCCUUACUGUGCAUCAGAAAAUUCAUACUGGGGAGAAACCUUUUGAGUGUAGUGAAUGUGGGAAGGUCUUUAGCCAGAGAGGACACCUGAACACACAUAAGAGAAUUCAUACCGGAGAGAAACCCUUUGAAUGUACUGAAUGUGGGAAAGCCUUUAGCCAGAGGGGACACCUUACUGAACACCAGAGGAUUCAUGCUGGAGAGAAACCACUUGAAUGUAAUCAGUGUGGGAAAAACUUCAGCCACAGGACAUCCCUUUUUUAUCAUCAGCGAAUUCAUACAGGGGAGAAACUUUUUGGAUGUAAUGAAUGUGGGAAGGUCUUCAGCCAGAGUGGAAGCCUUACAAAACAUCAAAGAAUUCACACCGGAGAGAAACCCUUUAAAUGUGAUGAAUGCGGUAAAUCCUUCAGCCAGAGAGGAAACCUUACAAAACAUCAGAGAAUUCAUGCUGGAGAAAAACCAUUUGAAUGCACUGAAUGUGGGAGAGCCUUCAGCCAGAAGGUACACCUCACUGAACAUCAGAGAACUCAUGCUGGUGAGAAGCCCUUUGAAUGUACUGAAUGUGGGAAAAACUUUAGCCACAGGUCAUCUCUUUUUCAUCAUCAGAGACUUCAUACUGGUGAGAAACCCUUUGGAUGUAAUGAAUGUGGGAAACUCUUCAGCCGUUAUGGAAGUCUUAGGAAACAUCAGAAAAUCCACAUUGGAGAAAAACCCUUUGGGUGUGAUGAAUAUGGGAAACCAUUCAGCCAGAUCAGACCCCUCAAUGAACAGGAGAUCAUCCAUGCUGGCGAGAAACUAAUAGAUGCAAUGAAUGCAGGAACGCCUGCAGCACUAGGUGAUUCCUUAGAAAGCAUCAGAUAAUUGAUACUUCAUCAGGAUGGGUACUGCCUAUGCUAGUACAGACAACUCCUGUAUGACUUAGAAGUUCUUUGACAGUUACUUUAGAUGAAAAAGUUUAUCUCAUAGCCAUUCUGGCUGUGAGCCUCUUCGAACUUCCCUUGUAGCCUCUCCACCUUGGUCUAUGACUUGACGGCUUUCGUUCCUUUGAUAACCUGGGGUUGCCUCUGUGCCACAAUGAAGAGUAUGACUCUGUUGGAGUAAUGAUAAUUGACUGUCCGCAUCCUUUGACCAUUUAUCUCUUGGAGUUAUAACUCAGUCUUGUAAAUUUGUCAGUACCCUAUAGGUUCUAAAGUCAGACUUAUCAAAGGUAACUCAUCUUAAUAUAAAAGGGCACAUGACAAAAAUAACUGGAAGUACUAAUCACAAAUAUUGUUGGGGAGACAUCAUACCAGAUAAGGGAAAGAGAAGAUUACAAAAAAAGACAAAACUAGUCAUUUUCAAUUAUGUAAAAUUAAAAUACUUUUAUAAUAACAAAAUCACUGCAACUGGAAUAAGGUAAGAAACUUUUGGUUUAGGAAAGAGUAUUUGUGUCAAACAUCUCAGACAUUCAAAAUGAGAGAUGAACAGAAAUAUGUCAACAAUUGUCAAAAAUCCAUUCCCUAGUGGAUAGGUGGUCAAAGGAUUCUCAAAAUACAAACUCAACAACUGCACGCCAAAAAGGGUCUGAUUGCUUAACAAUGAGAAGUACAAAUUAAAACAAGUGAGGGAUCACUUCUAUCAAGUUGAAGAUGGCAAAAGAUGGAAAUAGUGUCUUGGAGGAGCCCUGGAAGGAUAGGCACCCUGAUACACUUUUGGCUAAGUUACAGUUUGGGUCAAGCACUCUGGAAAACAAUUUGGAAUCAUGCGAGAGAAAAGUUACAGAGCUGUUCACCCACUUUGGUCCAGCUAUUCCACCACUGGUUUUAUACCUCCAAGGAUGCCAUUGAAAGAAAGGUCCAAUAUGCACCAAGAUUCAUCAUAGCAGUAUUUUAUUUGUUUUUGUUUUUGUUUUUUUUUGGUAAGGCAAUUGGGGUUUAGUGACUUGCCCAGGGUCACACAGCUGGUAAGUGUCAAGUGUCUGAGGCCGGAUUUGAACUCAGGUCCUCCUGAGUCCAGGGCCAGUGCUCUAUCCACUAUACCACCUAGCUGCCCUAGCAGUAUUUUAAAUCUAUAUUUUAUUGAUACCUUUUGUAUUUACAUCACAUUUUCCACACAUCCCCAAAAUGAGCCUUAUAUUUUGACAAAAACAAUUACAUAGAAAUAGUGAUGCUAAGACUUUAUCUGACUAACUGUACAAUAUUCUCUCCUGAAGUUAUGCUUUAUUAUUCGUACUUUGGGACCAUAAUUUUUUCAAAUAUUUUAUUGAUUUCUUUUAUUUUUACAUCAUAAGCGGGUUUUGUUUUGUUUUGUUUUUUUGCCACUCACCCCUUCCAGAUUCAACUGUCUCUUCAACAAUUAAUAAAAAAAUAUGAUAGAGACCAUGUGUGACAGUGUAAACAACACGAGGGGAGGGGAUUUUGCUUCAUUACAUCCCAUACCCUUCAUUGGCUUUGUUAUUUUGGCUUGUUUUUAGCGAUCUUGUCAUUUGUGACCACUCUCAUGUGUAUUGCUCUCUUGAUUCUGCUCACUGCACCCUGCCUCAUAUGCAUCACUUUUCACUGCCCAGGAAUGAUCCAUUACAUUAACUUUCCACAGUUUGUUGCACUAUUCCUCUAAUCAAGAGGCACUUUCUUUCAGAUAUUUUGCUACCACAAAAAGGGCUGCUAUGGAUAUAUCUUUGUAAAUUAGGCCUUUGUUUUUGUCUUUGACUUACUUGGGCUGUGUACAACCCAGUAGUGAGAUAUCUGGGUCAAAGGUAUUGAUGGUUUGGACACUUGUAUGAUUUCAAAUUGAAAGCCACAACGUUAGGACUACUUUACAGUUUACCAAAAGGACAUCAAGGUGCCUGUCUUCCCACAGUCUUUCCACCAUUGUGCCCAUCUUUUAUUGUCAUCACCAAUUUGCACGUGUAAGGUGAAACUGAAGAGUUGCUUUCAUUUGAAUUUCUUGUACUAUUAGGGAUUUAGAAUAUAUUUUCAUAGCCUUUGAAGUUUGCAAUUGACCACUCUUCCAGCCCAUCAGUUGGGAGGGUGACUGAAGAGAUUGUGGCAUACAAAUGUAUUCAAAGCAGUAUUCAGAGAAACUUUCAGGCUUGUCUGCAGAACCAGAAGGCCAACCUGUGGAGUGACAGAAGCAACAGAGUGCAGAUCAAGCACCAAUACUGGUCCCCAAGACUGGGAGUAAAACAAAGUUCUCUCCUCCAUGUUCAGAAUGCCGAAUGAUGAAGAGUUAGUUCACAAUGAUGAUAUUCACUGUUUUUGCUAAACUAAAAGAAAGUUCAUGGGGUGGGGAUGGGGAGGGUUGGUGUUCACUGGAGGGAGUUCGCUUGUAGGGAAGCGACUCUGUCCAAAAAUAUCCAUAGAAAACGAUAACCCACAUCCAAGACUUCUUCCUGGAUGUUAAUGGCACGGAUGUAAUAAUGUGUGGAAAGUUUCCUAGAGUAGCCAUUUUUGGCCAAAUCUCACCAUUCCCAGGGUUGCUGGGUGACUGGAGAGAUUGCCCUGCAUCUUGUCGUUCCGUUAGCUGCCCUCAGGUGGCAGUAAAGUUGUGUAAGUCAGUGCAUCAGAUGUGCUCACGCACCAUCUGAAUUACAUAGUGCCUCAACUACGAGAUUCCUUCAAACCACUGACGUGUAUAUAUGUACGUAUUAUGGGGGGAAGGGGUGUAUAUAAAUUAUAUACAUGCAUGCAUGUAUAGAUGUGUAUGUUGGGAGAGACUCCCAAGGUCUGUUCUUCUAUUCCUGGUCCACCAAGGAAUCCCCACUGUAACAAACAAAACGAGAAGAAUCAGACCUUUGUGAGGGGAAAGCCCGGUGGAAAUGUGGGUGGUAACACAGAAUGAACUCUGAACCUAGACUGCCGCUCAGAGCCCAGCCCUGCAACUUAGGACCUGUGUGACCGUAGGCAAAUCACUUUACCUCGGAAAGGGUUGGACUCACCAGAGGACUAACUAUAACAUGCCCAUCCAGCCGACGCCUAUGAUGGAUCACUCUUGGUAGCACUUUCCAUUUGGGAGGUAGUUCUAAUUACUAGUCAGUUUCUACUUCUGUCAAGCCUAAAGGUACCUCUUUGCAACCCCCACCCAUUGCUCCUGUUUCUGCCCUCUGGGGCCAUCGAGAAGAUUGGUAAUUCCUCUUCCAUGUGCCAGCCUUUCAGAUACUUGAAGACAGUUAUCAUGUCCCCCCCCCCAAGUCUUCUCUAGGCUAAAAAUGCCCCCUUCAGCCAGUCCUCAUUGCAUGACUAGAGGCACUUUGACAUUAUUCCAUUUGCCCUCCUAAGGACACGUUCCAACAUAUCCUGGUUCUUCCUCAGUUGUGGCCACAGAACUGAACACAGGCCUCCAGCUGUGGUCUCACCACAGGAGCCUGCAGUGGUCCCUCCUCACUCUUGGAAGCCAUACCUCUCUUAGGGCAGGCAGCUGAAAUCACACUUGGUUUCAUGACUGCUAAUCACAUUUGACUCAUAUUGAGCUUAUAGUCCACUAGAACCACCAGGUCUUUUUCAGACAAAAUACUGUCUGUCUAAUCAUGCCUUCCCCCAAUGAGUAUUCGUGAAGUUGUUUUCUUGAACCCAAGAGUAAGAUUUUACGUUUAUUCCUAUUCAAUUUCAUAUUAUUAGGGUCAGCCUUAUUUUUCUUUUAUGUAAUUCUAAGCUUAGUAAUUAUCCCCAAAAAAUUCCAGAUGCACAAAAACCCUAUUUAGUAAAACUACUGAGAUGUUCAAUGUAUGUGUGUAUGUAUUGUGUAUGUGUGUGUAUAUACAUAUAUAAACUAAUAACAGCUACCAUUUCUAUAGUGUCAUAUGCAUAACUAGUUACAUGGGACUUCACCUCUUUUUCUUUGAUUUUCCAUUUUUCUAAACGUAGUAGUAAUCCACAAAAAAAAGCAUUCAAAUACACAAGCAAAAAUAAGAUUAUUAUAUAUGAAGCUGUAAUACUGAGUUUGUUGAAUUAGAAAAAAUAAAAUUUCACAAGAU